AUGAAUGAAUACUUUAUACAAAUCCAAGUUUAUAAUGCGCUCUCCAUGAUGAACAGCAUCAUUCCAGAUAAGAAUGCACCUCCCGCCAUCAAUGGCGGAGGUGACGCUAUGCCCGAAAUGGAAAAGACGCAGGCAGUUGAUUGGCAUGGUGAAGUUGCUGCAAUGAAGCCUGUGGAUGAACAAUUUCCAGACGGGAAAUUUCCUCUUGGACAAUGUGAAACUUACUACUUGAUGGGCAAAGAUGGUCGGAUUGCGUCUGAUCGAGAAAGCAAACAAGAAAAAAAGGCUCUUGAUAAUUCGUUUGAAGAUAUGUAUCAGGAUUAUCGUAGAUCGGCAGAAGUCCACCGGCAAGUUCGAAAGUACGUGAGAAGCUGGGUGAAACCAGGAAUGACGAUGAUAGAAAUAUGCGAGCGCCUUGAAGCUUGUUCUCGGCAACUGAUCAAAGAAAACGGUCUCGAGGCUGGACUUGCUUUUCCAACUGGUUGUUCGCUGAAUCAUGUGGCGGCCCAUUAUACUCCCAACAAUGGCGAUACUACUGUUCUGCAGCAGGGUGACGUAUGCAAGAUCGACUUUGGUGUGCAUGUUCGCGGACGUCUCAUAGACAGUGCAUUCACGCUUCAUUUUGAUCCAAAGUACGAUAAUCUUGUCAAUGCGGUGAAGGAAGCUACUAAUGCUGGCAUUCGCGAAGCCGGUAUCGACGUACGAUUAUGCGAUCUGGGAGAAAUAAUUGAAGAGGUAAUGACGUCACAUGAAGUAGAACUAGAAGGACGCACUUACACAGUCAAACCAAUUCGGAAUCUAAACGGCCACUCUAUCGGGCAGUACAGGCGAGUC